AUGGUUCCCUCGGGCUUGACGGAGGCUGCAGCAGGAGGACCCAGGCCCAGGCGCUGCUCCCACGAGGAACAGCAGGGGCAGGACGGAGCCGGAUGGGUGCGCUCGAUAUGCGUGGCGACCUUCGACGUGGGCACCGGGCACACGCUAGAACAGCACAGCUAUUUUAACGGUUUCGCUUUCUUCCUACCCUCUGGGAAGAACAUCCGAACCCACAGGCUAACGUACCUAGAAAAGAGGUUUCUCUUACCUGGAGAUGCUGCACGGCCCGUGACACGCUACGCUACGCUUUGCGCGUGGCAUGUCCGGACCCGUUUCGUGGUGAUUAAGGUGUACCCUCCGGAUAGCCUGGAUGGCGGUGACCGCCAGAGGAUUCGGAUGCUGGCAAUGCCCGACUGCAACACCACGCAGAUAGGGGAUUGCUUCUACUGCUUCAGGACGCGAAAGUCGCACAGGAUGCCCUUGAUGAGCUCCUCGCUGCUGGACCAGACGUUCGAGUACUGCUACGCGUUCUUCAGGCAGGAGCGAAACGAGGUGAUCGGGCCGCUUUACUUUACUCAUGGAUCGGCAGUCCUGGAGGCUGUGUUUUCGUCUUUCGAAGACUGGCCCGCUCCCUGCCCGGGAUCCCUAUGCCCCCUGCCGUUCCUAGGGGAGACCGUCAUGUUCCUGGUCCCCGACAUCGACAUGCCUCCACAGGUGGCCUCCAAGUACAGAUACCACCGCGGGGUUCACCUCUGUGCCUCCUGGUCUAGAGCUCGAGUGGUGAGCUUGACGCGCACCCUCAGCGGCUGCGGCAGCAUCAGCUCCGGUUUCCCGAUUUCGGGCGGCAGUCCGGGCUCUUGCCGCAAGGGCGUUGGGCCGUCACCUUUGGAAGGCCCCGAAGGCAGCGGCGGGGAGCAGGAGAAGGAGCAGGAGGAGGAGGAGCAGCAUCCCGUUAGCAGACAAGGAAGCACCGGAGUUGGCGAAGACUCUGCCGGCGCCGGCGCCCCCGCGGGUGGCGGUUGCGGCGUCGAAGAUCCCCCCCCCAUGUCAGGCGGCGUCCCGCCUCGAAGCGGCGACCCCGCGAGCAUGAACGGCGGUGCGAGCGUUUGUUUGCAGGGCGCGGGAAAGCGACCGUCCGCCGGUGCCGCGCUCGAGGACGACGGCGCCCCCGCCUUCUCCCCCCACCACUGGAAGAAUAACUGCGGAACCCCCACGGGCGAGAGUAAUGGUCAGGAGGAUUGGGGGGCGGUCCAGGCUAGGCGGACGCCGUCGCCGGGGGGGAGCGGGGGCGGGGGGGCGUUUUGGAACGGACCGUGUGGUAGCCCGGAGGGGCUCACGUCUCCCAGUUUCCGGCUUUCGGCGGGGGAGGCGCUCGGGGAAGGGGGCCUGCCGCCGGGAAUGCGGGCGGGGGGGCACGGGAGAUCGUCUUUUGGCGCCGGUUCGAUGGCUUCCGUGAUUUGCGAAAGUCCGUCGGAGAACUGGUUGGCCACACCGCGAAGCGGAAGCACGCCGAUCUUGACUCUGGACGGCAGGGCCGGGUCGAACCUUGCGCAGAGUUGCUACUACGUUGCCGACCAGGAUAGCGAGGAAGACGACGAGGACGAAGACAUGGGCGAGCGCUUCGUGCUAGAGGAGGAAGGCUGGCAGGGAGAGCAGUGGGUGGAGAACGGUGGAGGCGAUCAAAGCGCCGUCGGAGAGGCCGCGGCGGGGCGGGAGGACGCGGGGGAGGGCGGGGGCGACGGGCGGGAUGCCGGAGUGCGAGAAGGGGAGGGUAGCGCCGGCGAAACGAUGCUGGAGAAUGGACAGCAAUCAGAGGUGGCGGCCCCGGUGGGCUUGCCGGUAGCAGGGGACCUGUCAGAUGCCCCGACACACGCAGCAGCUACUGGCGACCAGCCAGAGACGGUCACAGGUGUUGAUGGCAGCGUCAACGUGAGUGGUGGUGCACCCGCAGCGGCAAGUACCGCCGCCGCCGCCGCCGCCGCCGCCGCCGCCGCCGCCGCUGCCGCUGCUAUGCAUGCUGCAACCGCUGCUGCGGCAACCGCCGCCGCCGCUGCCGCCGCCGCCACUCAUGCCGCCGUGAGACAGGCUCGCCUGACCGACCAACCUGCUGCUGCUGCUGCUGCUGCUGCUGCUGCUGCUCCGUCUCGAGCAUCUUCCGCCUCAGCAUCAGCAGCUCCGCUUACGACGAAACCCGGUGCCUCUUCCUCCAGGGGUCGCGCCACGAGCCUAUCACCACCGCGAUCCGCUGGUCCCCACAGCCUCGCGGCCGUGAAGUCGAGCAAGACACCGGACCCCAGGUCCGCGGGCGCCUGGUCCGCCCUCCGCGCCUGGGCGGACACCGCGCCGGAAGACCCGUGGGACGUCCUGGCACCGCUAGAGCUGCCCGCGGCGCUCGCGAGGAGGGAGUCGACGACGGCGGCGGCUGCGGCCGUCGCGGAGUCGAUCCGUCGUGAAGGUAGAGGCGGCGGCGGUACCGGCCAGGAGACUUUGUUGACGUUGCCCGGUAAGGUUAAAGCGGAGGGCGGCGGCGCGGAAGCGAAGGCGCUCUCGAGGUCAGUGCCGGCGGCGGCACCGGCACCGGCACCGGCACCGGCACCGGCACCGGGGCUGCGGACAACCACGGGCGACGAGGCCAGUAGCCGGGAGGACUCUGCUGGUUCUGGUUCUGAUUCGGCGCCGAAGAGAGGGGCGGGCAUCGUUGCUGCCGGAAAUGGGAAUGGUGCCGUGGGCACGGCCAAACCCAGGGAGGUGUCAAAUGGAGGGCGCGUCUUGCCGGGUGCGGACCCGCAGCGUUCGAAACACGUUGCUGCUGCUGCCGCUGCUUCUAGUGGUGCCAGCCGCAAAGACCUGCGGGCAGGAGCGCCAAGGGGAGCACCAAGCUCGGGAGGUGCCGUUGCCGCGCCGCCGGGGGAAACGAGGCCCGUAGCGUCCGAAGGGGGGCGGGGCUCGGCUGCCGGAGAGGAGGAAGGCGGAGGAGUUUUGUCGCUGCUAACGACGGCAACCGCUGGGGUUUCCGCGGUGGGAGGUGUUCCCGGGGCUUUCAUCACGGCGGAGGCGGAAGCCGUGGCGGUUACGGGUAAUACGCGUGACGGCGGUGCCCGCGUCCAGGGCAAGAGAGACGAUACGGGUGUGGGUGCCGUUGAGGGUAAGGAUAAAAAGGGCGAGGGCGACGACCCCGGUAGGCAGCUCGCUAGGAGGGGGUCUUCCAGCAGCUUGGUGUUCGGGAGAGAGGGACGCGCGUCGACGUUCCACAGGUCCGGAAGCCCGGAUAGCAGGAACGUCCAGAUUCACCGCACCGCCAGCAACUUGCGAGGAGGCCGGUCACCCUUCGCCGAGAUGCUCCUGGCGGACGAAGCCCGCUUUAGAGCCAAGCAGGGCCUCUUCCAGAGCAUCGGGCUGUACAGCAUCUUCGGCAAGAAGCUCGUCGAGCAUCUGUGGCUCUUGUGGGAGCUGGUGCUCACGGGGGGACCGACGCUCGUGCUGGGGUCUAGCGUGGGGGCGUCGUCAGCGGCGAUUCUUGGGAUGGUGAGCCUCGCGUCCCCGGUGUACUACGGAGGGGACUUCCGGCCGCACUUCACUACCUUCGACCCGGACUACCGUGAGAUCGUCGCCGCCCACGAUAAAGUCAGCAAGCAGCAGAUGUGGGGGUCCUCAGUUCUAGGAGUACCUGCGGCAGGGUCUGCGGCGGGCGCCGGGGGCGGGUUUCCUAGCCUCCUGCUCGGUGUUAUUAAUCCGAUCUUCCUCAGGACCUUGUCAAGGUGGCCGAACGCGAUCGUGCUGCCAGGAGCGCCUGGCAGAAGCCCCACCGCCGGGAAGGCUGGCUUCCAUAAGCUCCAGAAGAACCUCUCAGAGGAAGAAGCUCCUUGCGGCAGCCCCAAAAACCGUAACUGCCCGACGCCAGCAAAGGAGGGGCUGGCGCCCCCGCGUCCCGCCCCCGUCCGCGUGCAGGUCGUGCGCGCGGGGGCAAGCCUUGACCAGGUGGUCGGGCAAGACGACAGGCCUAACGAGCCCAUCAUCGUGGCAAGGCAGCAGCCGGUUAUGGUCCCCGACGUUGCGGUAUUGUCCCGCCUCGUGGACCCGAGCAGCCCCUACAACCCGGCAACGGUAGCGGCAGCAGCAGCAGCCGCGGCCUCCAGCUCCGCCCAGGGCGGGCAGCCACCAACGCCCAUCGCCGGCGUCGUUGCGGCGGCGGCGGAGGCGGCCAACGCCAAGGGCGGGCCGGAGACUAGAGGCCAGUGGAAGGACAGCCUCCGAGCCAUCAACGACAUCAUUCUGAGGAGACAUUUUGCGGACCUGACGAGAUCGUUUCUGGCACCGUACGACCAGUACUUUCGGAGAGCUAGACCACCACAGGCUCUGUCGGCAUGGCAGGCUUUGGCUUUGAGAAGGUUGUCCGUGUACACCGAGGCGGAGUUGCUGCUACCUCGCUUCGACCAAGAAGAGUUCCUCACCGAAAUGUUCGUGGCGGGACCCCCUAAGGCGUUCGUGCACGUACAGUGGGAAACCCUGUACCGCCGCUUUAUGGACAGCCCAAACUUCCAACCAUGGUUCACCACGCAGAGGAUGGAGGGCGUCGAUCGAAUACGGCGAGGAGAUGAGCCGUGCGAUGUGCCUGCGGACGACGCCGCAAGGUAUCGUGGAGGCGUGUGCUCCGGCUCGACUACCGCAGCUGCUGGCGAAGAUCAAGGCGGCGAUAGCUCGACAGUGGCAGAGGAAUAACCAGAGCGUCGACUGGGACCUGUUGGAGAGAAUGGAGCAGCACCAGAAGGCUGUCGCUUCCGCGAUCGUGGCACAGUCCGCUCGUGGAAACGGCACCGUCGCCUCUGCAACCGGAUCGAUGCAGCCGUGAACGGUGAACUUAUCACAUGCGCAUCAGUUUCUCAAGGUGCCGUCGGCAAGCGUCGACAAUGGGCGGUUUCGGCGGGAUUGAAGAUGGCUAUGGAAGCGAUCAUGGAUACGAUUCGAUGUUGCAGCAACAUUCGUUGGUGUCGCUGGGGACCCCAGUCAUCAGCAGGUGUUGGUCGCCAGAGGCUUGCGCUCUUUGCACCGCCUGCUCUCGUCACCUCGCUGAAUGAAGCGGCUCGUCAUGGAGACAAGCCGUUCGAUCGAGUGGUGUAACUGACGGUGGCCUUCAAGCAGACGCAGCUUUACUACUUGGAAAUAGUGCUGAAGGGCUGCGGCUCUUCUCGGUGGGGGCGCGUGCCGCGUUUUGGCCACAAGACUUUCACGCGCGGUUUGGCGGCAACCCUUUCGUACGCGUUUUGGCUGCAAGCCUUUCUCCUAGCGGGAGAGUACGAUAUUCAAGCGCGCGCCACGGAGUAUCUCGAAUUGAAAAAACAAUCGGGAAAAGCCAAUUGGUUUUCUUCUCGCGCGCUCUCGGCUUGGGCUACUGCGAGAUACAGGCGAAGAUACAUGGCGAUAGUGAUGAUGGGCCGUCAGGUCAGAUCCUGGAGUAGCCGCCACGAAGCGAGCAUCCGCGAACCCGGAACAGCUCUUCGUGAUAUACACGGGGAACGUGCGACGUCGCUGAUUUUGCAUCGGAGAGGCAAUGCUUUGACACAAUGAUCUUCGUGCGGACUUCAGGCGAUGUAAAUCGGCGAUAGCGCAAGACAUUUGGUCCCUACGAGGGCGAUAGAGUCGUUCGUACAUGAGUUCAACCCGUGCGGAUGGGAGCUCGUGAUGCGGUGUCGUUUCGAACUCAAGUAGACCUUUCCUUUUAUGAAGGGCUAGUUUUUCUUGGAGUGAUGCUUCAGUGCGGUCAUUCGCAACCGGUCUCACCAGUAAUUUAAUAGAUUGGGCAAAGACACGUCGGUCUUACACUCCCGCUUUUGAUUGCCGAGCCCUCUUGAUGAGAACUGAGAAUUGGAGCGCCUUUGCCUGUCUGGCAAAGGUAGUGUGUACCAUAUGGGUAUGCAUAGCAGCGAUGGUGGAUAUUGUGUACGUUCAGCCCCCUGGUAUCGUUGUGUCACUGCUUGUUGCGGCCGAAUAGAAUGCUGCUGCGGUGUUGGUGUUGAUGUGUGAGUGUUUGGGCGACCCUUGUCGAGUUUUUUACUUCUUUUGGUUCCAAAACAACUGCGAUGGUUGUCUGCGGGAACAUUUUUUUUUGUUUUUUUUUAUGCUGUCGUCGAAGACUAAGUAUACACUCAAAACUUGUCUGCCGUUUGGUAGUCUUGACAAUAUCGCCCGUGGGAGCCUACCGCGAAACCAGAAUGGGAUGCAUUGCCGCGAAUCACAGGUCGGUGGGUGAGCUUUCGCGGCUGCACGUUGCACACCUGGGCUGGGGGGUUGCACAGAUUGUGCUACUGUGAACCGGGGCGUUGGCGUUGAGGAUUUCGUAGGAAAUGGACUGGCCGUGCGUAUGUCGCCAUUUUCCUGCCACAUUCGUGCUGUGAAAAAUUGUCAUACCCUUGGGUGUCUAGAGAUUUGUGUUGCUGUUUUUCGAAUGUGCGAGUUGAUUCUUUGGUGAUUGUUGUCGAAGGAGGGAACGUGUUCUUCGUAAGUUAUUGGAGUACGUGGACCAGCGUCGACUGGGCUUGCCAAUAUACAUCUCCGCGGCGCUUGCCAGCAACCCCUCCCUCACGCGCUGUACUGAAAGUGUUUUUCAGCGUAUCUGUGAUAUUC